ACCCCUCGCUCUCCCACACCACCAAACGCGCCUCCACCUCCUCCUGCUCCAUCACAUCAGCAGCAGCAGCAGCAAAGCAAGCGAGCCGCCUAGCUCUCCGCGCAUUGCUCGCCAUGGCGCGCCUUCUCCGCGCCGCGGCGUUCCUCCUCCUCGCGGUGCUGGCCGUGGCCCUCGCGGCGCUCCCGGCGCCGGCGUCGGCGGGCGCCGGGGACCUGGCCAGCGAGCUCCUCGUGGUGCGGCGCGGCAGUAGCGGCGGGCGCGCGUGCCGGGGCACGGUGGGCGAGUGCAUGGAGUACGCGGACGUGGACGCCGAGGGCGAGGGCGACGUGGCCGGGAUGGCCACCGGCGGCAGCAAGCGCCGCGUGCUGCAGGGCGGGUCCGGGUACAUCGGCUACGACGCGCUGCGCAGGGACAACGUGCCCUGCUCCCAGCGCGGCGCCUCCUACUACAACUGCCAGCCCGGCGCCGAGGCCAACCCCUACUCCCGCGGCUGCAACGCCAUCACCCAGUGCAGGGGCUGAGCUAGCUCAGCGCUGCACGCGCGCGUCGUCUCCAGUUAAUAUAAAUCAUGUAUUUGUCGCGGCUAAUUAAUCCGUUGCGGCUGCUAGCUUGAUGGUGAUGUUUGUUUAAGAGUUUGGGGGCAUGGCUGAUUGGUUGUGCAGUGGAUAUGUGUCUCUCUUCUGUUCUGUGUUCUAGCUUCGCUUCGCCUUCAGGGUGAAAGGAAAAGUGAUUAUGAUCGUGUAAUUCUGGUGUCUCUGAAUCUACAGCCAAUGAAUUUUCACCGUACGUCUUUCA